AUGCAGGCUGCCUCGUCCCAGGCAUACCACGACGACCCCGCCGGCGCGUCAUCACAUCCACACUCCAACAUCCGCUCUACCCACCUCAACGAAGACCCAUCUCACAACUACCACCGCGACGAACGCUCCGGCUCUGAUUCAUCCGGCACUCUCGGCGACAACCACGCACACCUUACGCGAACAACGUCCCAAAGCCAAGACGUUCACCAAGGCCGGUACGGAGAACAGAUCGCGGGGACGGGGGUGGAUGUCGAUGAGUCGCUAUCCGCAUUCGAGGACUUGCGGCGUCAAUUGACGAAUAAGUCACGGGCGUCGCAUCCCGUUAUCCCCGAGGACGAGGAAAAGUCCGCUGUCGAUAAUGGCGAUGAAUUCCAUUUAGAGGAAUGGCUCAAAGGACGUGUACAGCUGCACCACGAACGCGGUCUCCCCGAUAAGAAGAUCGGCGUUCUCUACAAGGAUUUGACGGUCCUCGGUAUCGGCUCCGGCGCAACCAUGCAGAAAACCCUACCAGACGCGAUCAUCGGCUCUUUCGGCCCUGAUCUCUGGCGGUUUUUGCAACAUUUCGUCCCGCCACUUCAGAAGUUGCAUUUCGGUGGUGCGAGGCCUGAGGUGAGGGAGUUAUUGAGGGACUUUGUGGGUGUCGUUAGGGGUGGGGAGAUGAUGCUCGUCCUGGGGCGUCCCGGUGCGGGUUGUUCAACUUUUCUGCGGACCAUCGCCAAUCAGCGUGAAUCCUUCGCAGGUGUGAACGGGACUGUGGAGUAUGGCGGUAUGACGCCCGCCGAAAUCGCAAAGCGGUAUCGUGGAGAGGUGAAUUAUAAUCCCGAAGACGAUAUCCAUUUCCCGACGUUGAAGGUGAGGCAGACACUUGGGUUGGCAUUACAGCUGAAGACACCAAAGAAGUUUCGGGGGGAGGUACAGAGUAUCCUCGAGGCUCUGGGUAAGAUGUUUGGGAUUUCGCAUACGUUUGAUACGGUUGUCGGGAAUGAGUAUGUCCGUGGUGUUUCUGGUGGAGAACGGAAACGUGUCUCGAUCGCCGAAACAUUGACCACACGUUCCGCAGUCGUCUGUUGGGAUCAAUCAUCGCGUGGAUUGGACGCGAGUACGGCCGUCGAUUUCGUGAGGAGUUUGAGAGUCAUGACCGAUAUAACCCACCGAGCAACCUUCCUAACCCUCUAUCAAGCCGGCGAAGGCAUUUUCCGCCUCUGCGACAAAGUCACCGUCAUCGACCAAGGCCGCCUCAUCUUCUCCGGACCCCGUGAUGAAGCAAAACCGUGGUUCGAGAGUCUAGGGUACGAGUGUCCGGAACGUCAGACCACCGCGGAUUUCUUGACGUCGGUUACGGAUCCGGCGGAGAGGAGGUUCAGGAAGGGAUGGGAAGGACGGGCGCCGAAGGGGGCGGAGGAGUUGGAGGCAGCGUUUAGGGGGAGUGAGGGGUAUAGAAGGUUGGUUGGGGAUGUUGAGGCGUAUCAGGCUGAACUUGGUGGUGCCGGGAAGGAGCAGACAGAGAAGUUCAAGGAGAGCGUGGUGAAGGGAAAGUCGAAGCAUGUUGCGAAGAAGAGUCCGUAUACGGUCAGCUUUCCACGACAGGUAUUGGCGUGUACGAAGAGGCAGUUCUGGUUGAUGUGGAAUGAUAAGACGAGUUUGUAUACGAAGCUGUUCAUUACGGUCUCGAUUGCGCUCAUUAUUGGAUCGCUUUUCUAUGGUCAACCGCCUGAUUCGACGGGUGCGUUCUCGAGGGGUGGUGCGCUUUUCUUCUCUAUCCUCUUUUUGGGAUGGCUGCAGUUGUCUGAACUCAUGGAUGCUGUCUCUGGACGUAUCGUGAUUCAGCGGCAUAAGGAUUAUGCGUUCUACAGGCCUUCGGCGGUUUCGGUCGCUCGUGUCCUUGCCGAUUUACCGAUUUUGUUCGUGUUGGUCAGUAUCUUUUGCGUUGUGAUGUACUUUAUGUGCAACUUCCAGCGUACAGCAUCUCAGUUCUUCAUCUACUACCUCUUCGUCUACACCACCACGAUCUGUAUCACGGCACUCUACCGUAUGUUCGCCGCCCUCAGCCCUGACAUCGUCAGUGCGAUCCGGUUCAGUGGACUCGCGUUGAACUUGUUGGUUAUCUUCACGGGAUACGUCAUCCCCAAACCGCAGUUAUUGAAUAACUACAUCUGGUUUGGGUGGUUGUUGUGGAUUAACCCGGUUGCGUACGCAUUCGAGGGUGUCGUCGCAAACGAGUUCUAUAACCUCAACAUCCAGUGUGCGGAUGCGCAGACUGUACCCGUGGGACCGACGUAUACGAACCCGGCGUAUCAGGGGUGUACGCUCGCUGGGUCCACGGUUGGGAGUCCGGUUGUUAGUGGUGCGGCGUAUAUCGAGACGGCGUAUAACUACUCGAGAUCCAAUUUGUGGAGGAACUGGGGUGUUGUGGUUGCGUUUACGGUGUUGUACAUUCUUGUUGGUAUGAUCGCCUCCGAGUUGCUUGCGUUCGUUCCUCCUGGUGCAAGUGUCAUGGUGUUCAAGAAGACGAAGAGGUCGAAGAAGGCUGUUGCUACCUCCGGUUCUGACGAGGAAUCCGGUGGAGCUGGAACGAGUGGGCCGAAUGCUGGGGCUGCGGGCGAGAGCGACGAGGCUGCGAUGUCUGGUUUGGAAAAGAGCGAGAGUGUCUUUACCUGGCAGGGCUUGAGCUUCGAAGUCCCCAUCGGUGGCGGAAAUCAGAAGAAGUUGUUGAACGACGUAAUGGGCUACUGCAAACCUGGGCAAAUGACCGCACUUAUGGGUGCCUCCGGAGCAGGAAAGACAACGCUGCUCAACACCCUCGCGCAACGUCAAACAGUCGGUGUCGUCACGGGUGACAUGCUCGUAGACGGACGUGCCCUCGGUGUCGAGUUCCAGCGUGGUACUGGAUUCUGUGAACAGAUGGAUUUGCAUGAGGGUACCGCCACGAUUCGUGAGAGUUUGGAGUUCUCGGCAUUGUUGAGGCAAAGUCGGGAUACGCCGCGUGAGGAGAAAUUGGCGUAUGUCGAUACCAUUAUCAAGCUUCUCGAGCUCGAGGAUAUUCAAGAUGCGAUUGUUGGGUCUCUUGACGUCGAGCCCCGCAAGAGGUUGACCAUCGGUGUGGAGUUGUGCGCCAAACCCAAGCUGUUGCUUUUCUUGGAUGAGCCGACGUCUGGGUUGGAUUCGCAGUCUGCGUACAACAUCGUCAGGUUCUUGAGGAAAUUGGCGGAUUCAGGACAGGCUAUCUUGUGUACGAUUCACCAGCCUUCAUCAAUCUUGAUUCAGCAGUUCGACCGUGUUCUCGCCCUCAACCCUGGUGGAAACACUUUCUACUUCGGCCCGAUCGGUGAGAACGGUAAGGACGUCAUCGAGUACUUCGGACAGCACGGGGCUCAUUGUGAUCCUAACGCCAACGUUGCGGAGUUCUUGCUCGAGGUCGGUGUUGGCAAUGUCCGUGUCGGCAAUGAGAAGAAGAAUUGGAACAAGGUCUGGCGCGAAUCGAAGGAGUGCAAGUCUAUCGCGCAAGAAAUCGAGGAUAUCUGUGCCUCUCGAAAGGAUGCGGCAGACCCCAAUGCCAACGUUGUUCAACACGAAUACGCUGCCCCUCUCUGGGAACAGUGCAAGAUCCUUACGCAGCGUACCUGGAGGAAUUACUGGCGUGACUCCUCGUAUGGAUACGGAAAGAUCUUCACUUCUGUCAUGGUUGGGAUCUUCAACGGAUUUACGUUCUACAUGCUCGGGAACUCGUCACAGGAUAUGCAGAACAGGAUGUUCAGCGUCUUCUUGAUCCUCAUGAUCCCACCAACCAUCGUCAACGCAACCGUACCAAAGUUCUUCAUGAACAGAGCGUUGUGGGAAGUCCGUGAAAACCCAUCCAGGAUCUAUAACUGGUUCGCCUUCUCGUUCGCCAACACGAUCUGCGAGAUCCCCUACGCGUUCGUCACGGCAACAAUCUACUUCUUGCUCUGGUACUUCCCCGCCGGCCUCCCCUACGAUGGCCGCGUCUCCGCUCAUGUCUGGCUCAUGGUCCUUCUCUGGAACUUCUUCCAGGCGUCCUGGGGUCAAUGGAUCUGUGCCUUCGCUCCCUCUUACACCGUCAUCUCCAACGUCCUCCCCUUCUUCUUCGUCAUGGUCUCCACAUUCAACGGAGUCGUACGUCCAUAUGCGUCCCUCCCGGUGUUCUGGAAGUAUUGGAUGUAUUACUUGAAUCCGUCUACGUAUUGGAUUGGGAGUGUGUUGGCGAGUACGUUGGCUGGACAGCCGGUCGAGUGCACGUCGUCUGAGGUUGGGUACUUCAACCCUCCUCCCGGUGAGACUUGUUUGAGUUAUGCUUCAACGUACCUCAACAGUGGUAAUGCUGUCGGGUACUUGAUGGGCGACCAGAGUGCUACGAGUAAUUGUAUGUAUUGCCCUUACUCGGUUGGUGAUAACUACUUGUCUGCGAUCAAUGUUUCGGCGAGUGACAAGUGGCCGUACUUUGCGAUCUUCCUUGGCUUUACGAUUAGUAACUGGGUGUUGGUGUACGCUUUUAUCUACAUGGUCAGAGUCCGGAGGUGGACGUUCGGGUUUGGGCCUGCUAUCAACUUACUUGGUAAGGUGUUGCCCACAUAA